AUGGAUGUUAGGGAGGCUUCAAGGAUGGAUGGUUGGGAGGCUGUAUGGAGGGAUGAUAUGGAGGCUGUAUGGGUGGAUACCGGGGAGGCUUCACGGAUGCGUAGUAGGGAUGCUGUAUGGAUAGAUGGUAAUGAGGCUGCAUGGAUGGAUGGUAGGGAGGCUGCAUGGAUGGAUGGUAUGUUGGCUGCACGGAUGGAUGAUAGGGAAUCAGCACGGAUGGAUGGUAGGGAGAUUGCAUGGAAAGGUGGUAUGGAGGCUGCACGGUUUGAUGGUAGGGAGGCUGCACGGAUAGAUGUUAGGGGGGCUGCAAGGAUGGAUGGUAUGGAGGCUGCAUGGAAUGAUGGUAUGGUGGCUGCAUGGGUGGAUGGUAGGGAGGCUGCACGGAUGGAUGUUAGGGAGGCUGCAAGGAUGGAUGGUAGGGAGGCUGCAUGGAGGGAUGAUAUGGUGGUUGCAUGGCGAGAUGGUAUGGAGGAUGCAUGGAUGCAUGGUAGGGUGGCUGCACGGAUGGAUGGUAGGGACGCUGCACGGAUGGAUGGUAGGUAG